CUCUAGUCCGGUCCUCGAUUCUUGGACACGUUUAAUUGAUGCCGCUACAGAAAACCAGGCUCUCAAGGAAGAAUACUAUUGUCUCCAACAGGUUCUGUGUAUCCAUCUCCAGGUAUAGUCUUUACUAUCUUUUCGUCUGGCUUUUGUCGAUGCAUCGAUAUUUUCGAUGCCCUGAUCCCCAAAUCCUUCCAAAAACUGCGAAACGAUGUGGGGGAUGCAAACUAUUUUGUGAAGGGAGGACAUUAGACAGGAAAGACGGAUACCCCUGCGCGAUUUCCAUGUUAGAACGCAGUUUCGCCGACUGGAUCGUGGGACUCGAUUUUGCAUCAUUUUUGGAGGAGACCGCAGAUCGGCGGGCGGAACUUGAGAGGAAACGCACAGUGGGACAGACAUAUCCUAUCUUCAUAGAGCUCGAUUAUACCGCUUAUCCUCCCACGGUCACUGAAGUGCUUCUAGGUGAUGAUGCGCUUACCACAGAGCGUGAAUUAACCCAUGAUCCUGAGGCGACGCGGAAAUUCAAGAGCAGAAAUGGGAAACUUGAUGAAGUAUUCUUCUUUGCUGCGCUACCCGGCGGGAAACAUAUGAAUGAGAGAGUGUAUGCUGCUGUUGAUUUGGACUAGAUGACAUUUUCCAUUCAGAACGGAGACGAAUGGUGCCCAAUGUGGAUUAAGGUGCAUGAAGAAAACAAGUCAGAACAUUCUUUUUAUA